AUGGCGGUCGGCACCGAGGUCUCUCCGAAAUUCAAAGGAGGUUGCUGCGAGGCGAAAGUAAAACGGAUAUUCAAGAACAUCAAAUUUCGGGCAAAAUGGGGAUUAGGAUGGGCGAAGAACGGUAAAAAAAACUGUCCGUCAAAAACGAGCCGCCGCUCAGGCUGCUGCAGCCGCGCUGGCCGAUCAAAGAAUCAAGGAGACUCAUCAUUGUUAGAAUCAUUGGCUCCUCAUCCAACUGGAUCUUCUGAAAAUACAAAACGACUCACAAAACGCUUUACAGAUGAUCGUCUGGUCGCUAUUGUACAGUAUCCAUUCGUUGGCUACUUCUUAUCGAAUGUGGCAUUGCAAUUGAACUCAAAGGUCUCCACAUGGAUUUACACGUUUGGGCUGAGC